UCCACAUUUUCCCCACUCUUUACAUACUCUGUCUUCUCCUUCAGCCUCGUCACUUCCAACUUCCACAACAAUGGAGCUUCAAACUCCGAGCAAUAAUGGCGGAAGCGCAGAAGCCUGCAACCCCAACAAUGGCGAGCUCCACUCCCUCCCUCCCCACGAUUCUCAAGGCCUAUACGAAGACUAUGACAGCACCUGUUCUACUCCUUACGUAAGCGCUCCUUCUAGCCCCGGCCGCCCACCCAUUAGCGGCUUCUUCUACAGCGCUCCGGCGAGCCCAAUGCACUUCGCUAUUACUGCUUCUUCCUUGUCUUCGGUUCGCUCUUCUUCCUAUGAAAAUAGCACUUCUUCUGUGCCCCUAGGCUACGAGUUUGAAUUCUCGGCAAGGUUUGGCUCGAACGGGUCGGGUACCUGGGGUUCCAUGAGCUCGGCGGACGAGUUGUUCCUGAACGGGCAGAUCCGACCCAUGAAGCUUUCGACCCACCUGGAGCGCCCUCAGGUUCUCGCUCCCUUGCUGGAUCUGGAAGGAGAAGAGGACGAAGAAGAGGCAGAGGUUGUUGAGUCGCACGUAAGAGGCAGAGAUCUAAGGCUGAGGGAUAAGUCUGUGCGCAGAAGAACCAGAUCUAUGUCGCCUCUCAGAAACACGCCUUCCGAGUGGGCUGAAAAUGAGGACGGAUCGCUAGAGGAUUCAAGCUUAGGAAAGCAAGCAGACAAAAGUAGUUCCCUGGAGAUUGAAGAAAACGAAAGGGAGAAGAUGGAUGGGUUGGCUUCAGAGGCUACCCCUUCGUCGUCCAGAUCUUCCUCGGCUGGAAGGAGCUCCAAGAGGUGGGUUUUCUUGAAAGAUUUUCUCUACAGAAGCAAGAGCGAAGGCCGGAGUAACAACAAGUUCUGGUCCACUAUUUCCUUCUCCCCCACGAAAGACAAGAAACCAAACAAUCAAAAUCAAAAUCAAAACCUACCCUCAAAGGACAAGCCGUCUGGUGAAACACAGAAAUCGAAAGCAAAGAAGGCGACCGGCAGGCCUGCAAACGGAGUUGGAAAGAGGCGAGUGCCUCCGUCGCCGCACGAGUUGCAUUACAAGGCGCAUAGAGCUCAGGCCGAGGAACUUCGAAAGAAGACGUUCUUGCCCUACAGGCAGGGUCUGCUCGGGUGUCUGGGUUUUAGUUCUAAGGGAUAUGGGGCUAUGAACGGCUUCGCUAGAGCGUUGAACCCUGUGUCCUCCAGGUAAAUUACAUUGAUAUUCAUAUUAUUACUCAUGGGGUUUUAUACAAUUGUACAGAUCCAUUAUUGUCGUCGUCGUCCGCCGCCAUCACUUUAAGUAUAAUCUUUCUGGAACACGGCUGUAAUAUUUAGAAGGAUGUUAGAUCAGGCAGCCCAGAUAUGUACUGAUUUCUGGGUCUGCUCUUUCUGGGUUGAAAGGGGUAAUGGUAUUUCUUCAUUUCCCAUCAUGUAUCCUUGUAGAUGCAGAGAAACCAUGAACCGAUAUUGAGGUGCACUCGCAGCAUUUUACUCUUUUACAGUUAGCUGUGGAGUGACCGUAGCUCACAUAUAUCUACAUUAUUAACUUCAUUUCAUAGAUCUUGUGUUUACUUUGAAACCCUGUAAAUCCUCAAUCAUUCUCUAAUAUGAAGAAUUUAUGUUUCAUUUA